CAACGGCAACAGUCACUUAGGGUUUGAAUAGAACCGGGGUUGAGUCAGCGCAGUGAGAGAACGAGCGCGCGCGCGAGAGAGAGAGCGAGAGAGUGCGUGUGUGUCAGCGAGGCACAUAGAUGUCAGUAGGUUGUUAGCAGAGGAAAAGUGAUGCUGGAUCCUCGUUAAAUUGAAGGAGCGUCGUAUUUGUCCCUUAGUGUGUGUGUGCGCGCGCGCGUGUGUGUCCCCGUGUCGCUGUCUUGUCUCAACGGCUGACCAAUGCUUCUGCAUCAGUUCAUGAACGGAGCUCUGGACGUCAUGCAUCCCACACCGCUUCAGAAAGACACCACCUUCACCAAAAUCUUCGUGGGCGGACUGCCGUACCACACCACCGACGCUUCCCUGAGGAAAUACUUCGAGGCCUUCGGGGACAUCGACGAGGCGGUGGUGAUAACGGACAGACAGACCGGUAAAUCCAGAGGAUACGGCUUUGUGACAAUGACGGACCGAGGAGCAGCCGAGAGAGCCUGCAAAGACUCCAACCCCAUCAUUGACGGCAGGAAGGCCAACGUCAACCUGGCUUACCUGGGUGCUAAGCCUCGCAGCAUACAGACAGGCAUAUCCAUCGGAGUGCAGCCCAUUCACCCAGCACUCAUCCAGAGGCAGUAUGGGUUGGCCCAGCCAUACGUUUACCCACAAGCCUUUGUGCAGCCCAGCUUGGUGCUGCCCACUCAGGUUUCCACCUCCGUCAGCAGCAGCCCCUAUCUGGACUACAGCGCAGCCUACAGCCAGUACGCCCAGGCUGCCUAUGAGCAGCAGUAUCCAUACUCCGCCUCCCCAGCUGGCUUCCUGGGCUACAGCUACACCGCCAGCCCCACAGUCUCCGCUGGCCCGGCUGCCGCCGCCACCGCCCCAUCUACUGUCCACCCGGCCCUCCCCUCUGCCGCUGGCCCAGCUCCGGCCUACCUGCACUACGCCCCACAGCACCACAUCCAGCCGGACCGUAUGCAGUGAGCCUGAACGUGACGCUUGAAAAAGAGGGGCGUGUUCGGGUUUUGGAGGAGGAGGAGGAGGGA